AUGUUUAGAAAAGCUAAAAAGCUAUCCAAAAGACUCGGUUUAAACAAAGACAAGUGCACUGCAGGAAGUGGCAUUGUAAACAACAAAGAGGUGUCAAAAGGUUACAUCUCAGAUGAUGGUUUGCCUGAAAAACAUCAAAAUCAACAUAAAAAGCAGCCUCCUCCACAGUUUGCGUUGAGCAUUGACAGAGUCAGCACCGGCGGAAGCACAGUGAGCGAUGAUCUAGUCGACGACGAUUCAGCAAGCACAAAGAGCACCGAGAGCGAGGACUUGAAACUACCCUUGAAUACAUCAACCCAUGAAAGACCCAUUCUGGCCAAAUGUCAAACUGUACCUAAUACAAACACUUUAUAUGAUACACCCGCUAAUACAUUACAACGCCAACUCAGUAUGAUGGACACCGGUAAUCUAGAGCUGUUAUUAUCUAUGGAAACACAGGCUAGAUUAGAUGCUCAAGCUGAACGAGAAAAAGAACAACAGCAACAAUUAUCAGAACAGGAUAGCAUGCUGGCUCCUCGCCCCACUCGGAUCAAGUUUGAACUUCCUGUGACACCUCCACGCUCUAGAUCUCCAGCUAGAUUAGCUUAUCCCAGAGCGAGACCAGUUCGAUCUUUGCCCGAUGAAGGCUUGACUGCAAACGCCAUGCGACAUCCCUUACCAAUGAACAACGCAAAGCCUCGACGAGCUGGCUGGAGACAUUUAUUCGGCGAUCGAGAAGAAGAUGAACUCAAGCAAGCACCCAUACCCAUCACUAUUGGCACAAGAGUUCGACUAAAGAUGAGACCACUACCAACAUUUGGCUACGUGAGAUACAUUGGUGCUGUUGACUUUGGAAAAGGAGAAUACAUUGGCAUUGAACUUGAUCACGGUGUCGGUAACUGCGAUGGUAGCAUUGAUGGUAUCAGAUAUUUUGAUACGGAUCCUCAUCGUGGUACAUUUUCCAAACGACGUGAACUCGAAGCAGUAGCAGAAUAA